UGAUUCAGGGAGCAGGAACAUGAAAACUAUGCUAGAACCACGAUCUUGCAGGAUAUAUUUUCUCUGCUGCCUGGUACUGGGUUCCUUCAUCUCUUCUUCAGCAGAAGACCACGCAGAUGGGAGUCAUCACCGAACUGGGCGCCUCGAUAGGAACAUGGUGCAAGACAAGGAUCACAUCCUUGAAGAUUUAGAUGGUGUAAUCGAUAAACCGGAAUCUGAGAUGUCACCACAAGAACUGCAGCUUCAUUACUUCAAAAUGCACGAUUACGAUGGCAACAAUUUGCUUGAUGGGUUAGAGCUUGCUACUGCCAUAUCGCAUGUACAUAAAGAGGAUGGUAGUGAACCCACCCAGCCCAUGAAAGAAGAGGAACUAAUUAACUUAAUUGAUGACGUCUUGCGAGAUGACGAUAAGAAUUACGAUGGCUACAUCGACUAUGCCGAAUUCGCAAAGUCACUGGAAUAGAGAUCAAAACAAACAAAAAAACCAUUCUUGUUUGUGUGACCCAGUACAAUGUGAUUCUUGACUGCCUCUCUGUCGUAUGUUCCACUGUUUGGGCUGCAAAAUGAAUUGUAGGGAAAUGUGUCAACUGUUUCUUUAUUUCUUAUGUGUUUGGGAGAGAAGUUUGUGGUGGGAGCCAUUUGAUCGCUUAACACUGUUGAGCAAUAAGAUACACUGUCCAAGUUAGCUAAUCAUUUGGCAGCGUUGGCUUAAAGGCUUAGUUCUAAAGACUAUGGUCUGGCAACCACUUAUCUCCAGAAUACCUUUCAAGGGAGUUCCUUAAGCAUGGGA